AUGACAACGCUUAAGAUUCAAGUUUUCUUCAAAUGCACUUCAAAUGCUGAACAAGAAAAAUUAUCAACUGGAUUUAAGGAGGAAGUAAUGUACAAUAUUUUGAAGGCAAAUGCUACAGGAGGAGGUUCGGCUUCAUUUAUAAUCAAAGGUGUUCUUGCUAGUGACGACGAAAGUAUAGAGGACAGGGUGAAGGUAGAGGGUCGUUUCUUCAAGACGACCACAACUACCGCGGCUCCGACCACAACCCCCCCGCCAACACCACCACCGACACCACCACCAGCACCGCCACCAACACCUCCGCCACCACCAACACCACCACCACCCCCAACACCACCGCCACCACCACCACCUCCGCCGCCACCCCCACCACCACCUCCUCCACCACCGCCACCACCACCACCCCCACCGCCGCCACCACCGCCACCACCACCACCACCACCAUUCUAUCAACUAUUUUGCGCUGAAGACCUUUUCCACAAACAAAAAAUUAAAUUAAAACAAAUUCCUAAGAAAGCCUCCAUAAAUGAAACAAACGAAAUUGUGACAUCCGACGAGCUUCGCUUUUUUAAGACAACGGCUGCAACUACUGCAGCUCCAGUAACGACAACACCAGUUGAACCACCACCCCCCCCUGUUACACCCACCUACCAAAUUGAACCACCACCGCCAACGCCGACGCCACCACCUCUACCAACUCCAGCUCCAACACCACCACCGCCACCGUCACCACCACCACCACCAUCACCGACUUUGAUAGCCGGUGAAGAUCGCCAUUUUAAAACGACUACAACUACAACUACAGCUCCAACAACAACAACAACAAUAAUAGUUGAGCCGCCACCACCAACUCCGCCUCCACUACCGCCUCCAGCACCACCGCCUCCACCACCACCAUCGCCACCCCCCUCCUCCACUACCACAGUUCACACAAAUAGAACCCUGAUAUCCGCAGAAUUUCGUCAUUUUAAAACGACAACGACAACUACCACAGCUCCAACCACAAUAACACCGAUUGACCCGAUACCACCACCACCACCACCGCCGCCGCCACCUCCGCCACCACCACCGCCAGUGCCACCGCCGCCACCACCACCACCACCGCCACCACCUCCACCUCCUCCCCCUCCACCACCACCACCGCCGCCACCGCCACCGCCUCCACCUCCCCCUCCUCCGCCACCGCCACCACCACCACCACCACCAGUACCUCCAGUUCCAGCACCACCACCACCAGGUUAA